AUGGAUAAGGAAGGAGGAUACAACAACAUACCAUUUUUGUUAUAUGGUUCAAAUUAUGACUGGUGGAAGGUAAGAAUGAUGGCUUUUUUGAAAUCCAUGGAAAAUAAAGCAUGGAAGGUUGUUUUGAAAGGAUUUAAUCAUCUUAUUGUGAAGGACAAAGAUUGGAAUGUAUCCUUCAAACCAGAAGAUGAUUGGUAUGAUGAGGAUGAUAAACUAGCUCUUGGAAACUCAAAAGCUUUGAAUGCUUUAUUCAAUGGAGUAGACAAGAAUAUUUUCAAGUUAAUUAAUACAUGCACUGUAGCUAAAGAUGCUUGGGAAAUCCUCAGAACAACACAUAAAGGCACAUCUAAAUUUAAGAUGUUUAGACUUCAACUUCUCACCACCAAACUUGAGAACCUAAAGAUGAAUGAUGAUGAAAGAAUUCAGGACUUUUGCAAGAAUGUUCUAGAAAUUUCAAAUGCAUCUAGUGGGUUGGGAGAAAAGAUGUUAGAAGCAAAACUUGUCAAAAAAAUUCUCAGGUCCUUACCUACAAAGCUUGAUAUGAAGGUAACUGCCAUUGAAGAAGCUCAAGACAUCAACAACAUGAGAGUAGAUGAACUUAUUGGGUUACUUCAGGCAUUUGAAGUGUUAAUAAACCUCAAUCUGGUAUUGAACAAAGUGAAGAAAAAACCAGAUGUCCAGGACAUCUCUUCAAGCAUUAGAAAGGAUAGUGAUGAUCAAAAGAGAGUAAUAACAACAGAUAAUUAUUUUAGUAAGAAUGAUAAAGAAGUUACAAAGAAGGUCAUAAACCUAACAGGGAGGUAUGAAUAUGAUAAAGACUCCUAUAAUGAAGAUCCAUCCUAUGAAGAGUUAGUUGUAUCAUACAAAGAACUUUAUGAGAAAUUUGAAGAAAUGUGUAAGUUAAGUGAAACACAGAAGAAGGUCUUGACUCAAAUUAAGGAGGAAAAAGAAAAACUCUUAGCCAUAAACCUCGAGCUUCAAGAUAAGGUGAAUCUAUUAUCUUCUGAAAUUGAAAACAUAACUAGUGGAUCUGACAUGAUAGAUGAAUAUUUAAACUAG